UUUAUUGUGGUGAAUUUGCAAUGAGGCAAAUGUAGGCAGAUAAAAAUAGUUUGGGCUGUAAGUCAAACUAUAAAUUGAAAAAGAAAAAAGAAAACAACAUUGUGGUGGUGGGGACUAAGGAUAAUUUUGAGAAUGAUUAUGCUCAUGUAGAAAAUUUUGUUGUAAUAAUUCCUUGGUCUUCAUAAAUUAAUUUAUUUAUUACCCGUGACUUAAAGUUUUGGACUUCAAAUUACAUUCACUGUGAUCAGUUGGUAAGCACACAUGUAAAUGAAAAACUUGAAGCAAAAUUUUCUCAAGAAAUCUAAGGUUUUGUAAAAUGAUAAUUAAAAAAAAGUCAUGAAACCUAAAGAUUUUCCUAAUGUACUUUUGCAUUAAAAUGGAAAACGGGAAAAAUAUACUGCUAUUUAUAAAUCCACUGCCGCGUAUCCGAGGUCAGGCUGCGGGGGCAGCAGCUGAAGCAGGGAAGCCCAGACUUCCCUCACCCCAGCCACUUGUUCCAGUUCUUCCGGGGGGAUCCCGAGGCUUUCCCAGGCCAGCCAGGAGACAUAGUCUCUACAGUGUGUCCUGGGCCAUCCUGGGGUCAGUGGGAUGUGCCCGGAACACAUCCCCAGGGUGGCAUCCAGGGGGCAUUCUAACCAGAUGCCUGGGGCACCUCAUCUGGCUCCUCUCUAUGCGGAGGAGCAGCGGCUCUACUCUGAGUCCCUCCCAGAUGACCAAGCUUCUCACCCUAUCGCUAAGGGUAAGCCCGGACACCAUGCGGACGAAACUAAUUUCGGCCACUUGUAUCUGUAAUCUUGUUCUUUCAGUCACGACCCACAGCACGUGACCAUGGGUAAGAGUAGGAACGUAGAUCGACCGGUAAAUUGAGAGCUUUAUCUUUUGGCUCAGCUCCUUCUUGACUACGACAGAGCUAUACAGAUUCCGCAUCACUGCAGACGCUGCACCGAUCCGCCUGUCGAUCUCCCGGUCCAUUCUACCCUCACUCAUGAACAAGACCCCGAGAUACUUGAAUUUCUCCACUUGGGGCAAGAUCUCUUCCUCGAACCAGAGAGGGUACCUUUUUCGACUGAGGACCAUGGUCUUAGAUUUGGAGGUACUGAUUUUCAUCCCAGCCGCUUCACACUCGGCUGUGAACCGCUCCAUUGAGAACUGAAGAUCGUGGCUUGAUACGGCCAUCAGAACCACAUCAUCUGCAAAAAUCAGAGAUGUAAUACUGAUGUCGCCAAACCUCAAUGCCUCGGGUACGCCUAGAAAUUCUGUCCAAACUCUGACACUGGUCAACCACGGACCGAACAGCCCAUAUAUCAGCGGGUCCGGUACCCCAUACACCCGGACCACCCGCCACAGGACUCCCCAAGGGACACAGUUGAAGGCCUUCUUCAAGUCCACAAAACACAUGCAGACUGGUUGGCAAACUCCCAUACACCCUGUAGGGCCCUGCUGAGGGUGUAGAGCUGGUCCACUGUUCCACAGCUAGAGAGAAAACUAGACCUAUACCUAAACUAUACCUCCUGAAUCUGAGAUUCGACUUCCUGACUGACCAUUCUCUCCAGAACCCCUGAAUAGUUAAGCAGGGAGCCUGAGGAGUGUGAUUCCCCUGGAGUUGGAACACACCCUCCGGUCUCCAUUCUUAAAAGGGGGGCCCACCACCUUGGUCUGCAAAUCCAGAGGCACCAUUCCCGAUGUCCAUGCAAUGUUGCAGAGGCGUGUCAAUCAGGAUAGCCCUACAACAUCCAGAGCCUUUAGGAACUCCGGGCGGAUCUCAUCCACUCCUGGGCUUUUAAACCACCUUGGUGACUUCAACCCGCCUUCAGACCUUCAACCAACCUUCAGAUUCCCCAGACUCUGCUUCCUCCUGGGAAGGAGUGUUGGUAGAAUUGAGGAGGUCUUCCAAGUUAAUGUCAGCAGGGCCCAUCACCACUAUACACAGUGUUGAUGGUUCACUGCUUCCCCCUACUGAGACAUUGGCUGGUGGACUAGAAUGUCCGCGAAGCUGCCUGGAAAUUGUUUUCUAUGGCCUCACCAAACUCCUCCAAUGCCCAAGUUUUUACCUCAGCGACCACUAGAGCUGCGUUCAACUUGGCUAGCCAGAACCUAUCGGUUACUGCUCAGCAUCUCUCACCGUGGACAACUCCAGAGUGGAAGAGAGUCCAACCCCUCUCGAAAAGAAUGGUACUGGAGCCCAAGCUGUGUGUUGAGGUCAGCCAGACUAUAGCCAGUCGGAAUUUCUCAAACUCGCACACCAGCUCGGGCGCCUUCUCUGCCAGAGAGAUGACAUUCCACGUCCCGAGAGCCAGUUUCUGUGGAAUGCCAAGGUCCCUGCCUUCGGCUGCCACCCAGCUCUCCGCACCCAACCCCUUGGCCCCUCCCACAGGUGGUGAGCCCAUGGGAAGUGUAUUAUUAUUUAUUAUUAUAUUAAAUAUGGUAUGAUUUUAGUGGUCUAGCCCCGUUGACAACAAAUUAGGCUGUAUGUGUCCCCUGAAUGACACUGUGUUUAACACCCCUGAGCUACACCAUACGGGGCCCAAAGGGAUUUACAAAGCCUCACAUUCACCCAUUCACACAUGCAUUCAUACAACCCCAAUUCCAAUGAAGUUGGGACAUUGUGUUAAACAUGAAUAAAAACAGAAUACAAUGAUUUACAAACCAUGUUCAACCUAUAUUUAAUUGAAUACACUACAAAGACACGAUAUUUAUUGUUCAAACUGAUAAACUUUAUUGUUUUUAGCAAAUAAUCAUGAACUUAGAAAUUUAUGGCUGCAACACGUUCCAAAAAAGCUUUAGAUUUAAUCCAAAAUAAAAUGAGCAGAUUUCAUUACACAAUCUUGUUUUUUGACCGCCAAACCAUUCAACUACCAGCCAACAUGACCUCGUCUCCGGUCAGCGUGACAGCGACCACAGCCAAACCGACCUCCCCUCCGGUCAACAUGACAGCGACCACGGCCAACGCCACCAUGCUACCAGGCAACACGACUUCGCCUCCGGUCAACGUGACAGCGACCACGUCCAACUCCACAGCGCUACCAGGCAACACGACCUCGCCUCCGGUCAACGUGACAGCGACCACGUCCAACUCCACAGCGCUACCAGCCAACACGACCUCGCCACCGGUCAGCGUGACAGCGGCCACGGCCAACGCCACCGGGCUCCUCGGCAACACAACCUCGCUUCCGGUCAACAUGACAGCGACCACGGCCAACGCCACCGGGCUACCAGCCAACACGACCUCGCCUCCUGUCAGCAUGACAGCGACCACGGCCAAUGCCACCAUGCUACCAGGCAACACAACCUCGCUUCCGGUCAACAUGACAGCGACCACGGCCAACGCCACCGGGCUACCAGCCAACACGACCUUGCCUCCUGUCAGCAUGACAGCGACCACGGCCAACGCCACCAUGCUACCAGGUAACACAACCUCGCCUCCGGUCAACGUGACAAUGACCACGGCCAAUGCCACCAUGCUACCAGGCAACACGACCUCGCCUCCGGUCAACGUGACAGCGACCACGUCCAACUCCACAGCGCUACCAGCCAACACGACCUCGCCUCCGGUCAGCGUGACAGCGGCCACGGCCAACGCCACCGGGCUCCCAGGCAACACAACCUCGCUUCCGGUCAACAUGACAGCGACCACGGCCAACGCCACCGGGCUACCAGCCAACACGACCUCGCCUCCUGUCAGCAUGACAGCGACCACGGCCAACGCCACCAUGCUACCAGGUAACACGACCUCGCCUCCGGUCAACGUGACAAUGACCACGGCCAAUGCCACCAUGCUACCAGGCAACACGACCUCGCCUCCGGUCAACGUGACAGCGACCACGUCCAACUCCACAGCGCUACCAGCCAACACGACCUCGCCUCCGGUCAGCGUGACAGCGGCCACGGCCAACGCCACCGGGCUCCCAGUCAACACGACCUCGCCUCCGGUAUGCAUGACAGCGACCACGGCCAACGCGACCUCACCUCCAGUCAACAUGACAGUGACCACAGCCAACGCCACCGGGCUCCCAGUCAACACGACCUUGCCUCCGGUCAGCGUGACAGCGACCACGGCCAAUGCCACCAUGCUACCAGGCAACACAACCUCGCUUCCGGUCAACAUUACAGCGACCACGGCCAACGCCACCGGGCUACCAGCCAACACGACCUCGCCUCCUGUCAGCAUGACAGCGACCACGGCCAACGCCACCGGGCUCCCAGUCAACACGACCUCGCCUCCGGUCAGCAUGACAGCGACCACGGCCAACGCGACCUCACCUCCAGUCAACAUGACAGUGACCACAGCCAACGGCACCGGGCUCCCAGUCAACACGACCUUGCCUCCGGUCAGCGUGACAGCGACCACGGCCAAUGCCACCAUGCUACCAGGCAACACAACCUCGCUUCCGGUCAACAUUACAGCGACCACGGCCAACGCCACCGGGCUACCAGCCAACACGACCUCGCCUCCUGUCAGCAUGACAGCGACCACGGCCAACGCCACCGGGCUCCCAGUCAACACGACCUCGCCUCCUGUCAGCAUGACAGCGACCACGGCCAACGCGACCUCACCUCCAGUCAACAUGACAGUGACCACAGCCAACGCCACCGGGCUCCCAGUCAACACGACCUUGCCUCCGGUCAGCGUGACAGCGACCACGGCCAAUGCCACCAUGCUACCAGGCAACACAACCUCGCUUCCGGUCAACAUUACAGCGACCACGGCCAACGCCACCGGGCUACCAGCCAACACGACCUCGCCUCCUGUCAGCAUGACAGCGACCACGGCCAACGCCACCAUGCUACCAGGUAACACGACCUCGCCUCCGGUCAACGUGACAAUGACCACGGCCAAUGCCACCAUGCUACCAGGCAACACGACCUCCCCUCCGGUCAGCGUGACAAUACCCCCGGCAAACAUGACCGCGGUACCAGCAAACGCCACCCUGCCUCCAGUCAACCUCCCACUUCCAACAACACAAGAUACUCCAGUUACAACACUUGCACCGGAGGGAUCAAGGGUGAACCUGGGAUUUAGUUUGGACCAGGAUUUCAAGCCUCAACUUUUAAAUUCAUCUUCUCCUGUGUUUCAAGAGUUAGCCAACCAAAUAGAAACUCAGUUGAAUGCCAUUUAUAUGGCAAGUUUUGGAACGAGAUUCCUACGAUCGCAAGUCCUUUUCUUUCGUUCUGGUUCAGUUGUGGUUGAAACUCAGCUGCUAUUCAACGAGUCUGCCACAGUGCCAAGCACGACUUCUGUGGAAAGCACCCUGGAGGAGGCAGCAAGCAGCAGCAGCCCCAACUUUACGCUCCGUUUGAAUGUGUCAACCAUUGUUGCAUCCAGCAACGCGACCUCGCCUCCAGUCAACGUGACAGCGACCACGGCCAACGCCACCGCGCUCCCAGCCAACACGACCUCGCCUCCGGUCAACGUGACAGCGACCACGGCCAAUGCCACCAUGCUACCAGGCAACACAACCUCGCUUCCGGUCAACAUUACAGCGACCACGGCCAACGCCACCGGGCUACCAGCCAACACGACCUCGCCUCCUGUCAGCAUGACAGCGACCACGGCCAACGCCACCGGGCUCCCAGUCAACACGACCUCGCCUCCGGUCAGCAUGACAGCGACCACGGCCAACGCGACCUCACCUCCAGUCAACAUGACAGUGACCACAGCCAACGCCACCGGGCUCCCAGUCAACACGACCUUGCCUCCGGUCAGCGUGACAGCGACCACGGCCAAUGCCACCAUGCUACCAGGCAACACAACCUCGCUUCCGGUCAACAAUACAGCGACCACGGCCAACGUCACCGGGCUACCAGCCAACACGACCUCGCCUCCUGUCAGCAUGACAGCGACCACGGCCAACGCCACCAUGCUACCAGGUAACACGACCUCGCCUCCGGUCAACGUGACAAUGACCACGGCCAAUGCCACCAUGCUACCAGGCAACACGACCUCGCCUCCGGUCAACGUGACAGCGACCACGUCCAACUCCACAGCGCUACCAGCCAACACGACCUCGCCACCGGUCAGCGUGACAGCGGCCACGGCCAACGCCACCGGGCUCCCAGUCAACACGACCUCGCCUCCGGUCAGCAUGACAGCAACCACGGGCAACGUGACCUCACCUCCAGUCAACAUGACAGUGACCACAGCCAACGCCACCGGGCUCCCAGGCAACACAACCUCGCUUCCGGUCAACAUGACAGCGACUACGGCCAACGCCACCGGGCUACCAGCCAACACGACCUCGCCUCCUGUCAGCAUGACAGCGACCACGGCCAACGCCACCAUCCUACCAGGUAACACGACCUCGCCUCCGGUCAACGUGACAAUGACCACGGCCAAUGCCACCAUGCUACCAGGCAACACGACCUCGCCUCCGGUCAACGUGACAGCGACCACGUCCAACUCCACAGCGCUACCAGCCAACACGACCUCGCCUCCGGUCAGCGUGACAGCGGCCACGGCCAACGCCACCAUGCUACCAGGCAACACGACCUCGCCUCCGGUCAACAAUACAGCGACCACGGCCAACGUCACCGGGCUCCCAGUCAACACGACUUCGCCUCCGGUCAGCGUGACAGCGGCCACGGCCAACGCCACCGGGCUCCCAGUCAACACGACCUCGCCUCCGGUCAGCAUGACAGCGACCACGGCCAACGCGACCUCACCUCCAGUCAACAUGACAGUGACCACAGCCAACGCCACCGGGCUCCCAGUCAACACGACCUUGCCUCCGGUCAGCGUGACAGCGACCACGGCCAAUGCCACCAUGCUACCAGCCAACACGACCUCGCCUCCUAUCAGCAUGACAGCGACCACGGCCAACGCCACCAUGCUACCAGGUAACACGACCUCGCCUCCGAUCAACGUGACAAUGACCACGGCCAAUGCCACCAUGCUACCAGGCAACACGACCUCGCCUCCGGUCAACGUGACAGCGACCACGUCCAACUCCACAGCGCUACCAGCCAACACGACCUUGCCACCGGUCAGCGUGACAGCGGCCACGGCCAACGCCACCGGGCUCCCGGUCAACACGACCUCGCCUCCAGUCAGCAUGACAGCGACCACAGCCAACGCGACCUCACCUCCAGUCAACAUGACAGUGACCACAGCCAACGCCACCGGGCUCCCAGGCAACACAACCUCGCUUCCGGUCAACAUGACAGCGACUACGGCCAACGCCACCGGGCUACCAGCCAACACGACCUCGCCUCCUGUCAGCAUGACAGCGACCACGGCCAACGCCACCAUCCUACCAGGUAACACGACCUCGCCUCCGGUCAACGUGACAGCGACCACGGCCAACGCCACCAUGCUACCAGGCAACACGACCUCGCCUCCGGUCAACGUGACAGCGACCACGUCCAACUCCACAGCGCUACCAGCCAACACGACUUCGCCUCCGGUCAGCGUGACAGCGGCCACGGCCAACGCCACCGGGCUCCCAGUCAACACGACCUCGCCUCCGGUCAGCAUGACAGCGACCACGGCCAACGCGACCUCACCUCCAGUCAACAUGACAGUGACCACAGCCAACGCCACCGGGCUCCCAGUCAACACGACCUUGCCUCCGGUCAGCGUGACAGCGACCACGGCCAAUGCCACCAUGCUACCAGCCAACACGACCUCGCCUCCUAUCAGCAUGACAGCGACCACGGCCAACGCCACCAUGCUACCAGGUAACACGACCUCGCCUCCGAUCAACGUGACAAUGACCACGGCCAAUGCCACCAUGCUACCAGGCAACACGACCUCGCCUCCGGUCAACGUGACAGCGACCACGUCCAACUCCACAGCGCUACCAGCCAACACGACCUUGCCACCGGUCAGCGUGACAGCGGCCACGGCCAACGCCACCGGGCUCCCGGUCAACACGACCUCGCCUCCAGUCAGCAUGACAGUGACCACAGCCAACGCGACCUCACCUCCAGUCAACAUGACAGUGACCACAGCCAACGCCACCGGGCUCCCAGGCAACACAACCUCGCUUCCGGUCAACAUGACAGCGACCACGGCCAACGCCACCGGGCUACCAGCCAACACGACCUCGCCUCCUGUCAGCAUGACAGCGACCACGGCCAAUGCCACCAUGCUACCAGGUAACACGACCUCGCCUCCGGUCAAUGUGACAAUGACCACGGCCAAUGCCACCAUGCUACCAGGCAACACGACCUCGCCUCCGGUCAACGUGACAGCAACCACGGCCAAUGCCAACAUGGUACCAGGUAACACAACCUCGCCUCCGGUCAACGUGACAACGACCACAGCCAACGCGACCUCACCUCCGGUCAACAUUACAGCGACCACGGCCAACGCCACCGCUCUACCAGGCAACACGACCCCACCUACGGUCAACAUGACAGCGACCACGGCCAACGCCACCGCGCUACCAGGCAACACGACCUCCCCUCCGGUCAACGUGACAGCGACCACAGCCAACGUGACCUCACCUCCCAUCAGCGGGACAGUGACCAAGACCAAUGCGACCUCGCCUCCGGUCAGCGUGACAAUACCCCCGGCAAACAUGACCACGGUACCAGCAAACGCCACCCUGCCUCCAGUCAACCUCCCACUUCCAACAACACAAGAUACUCCAGUUACAACACUUGCACCGGAGGGAUCAAGGGUGAACCUGGGAUUUAGUUUGGACCAGGAUUUCAAGCCUCAACUUUUAAAUUCAUCUUCUCCUGUGUUUCAAGAGUUAGCCAACCAAAUAGAAACUCAGUUGAAUGCCAUUUAUAUGGCAAGUUUUGGAACGAGAUUCCUACGAUCGCAAGUCCUUUUCUUUCGUUCUGGUUCAGUUGUGGUUGAAACUCAGCUGCUAUUCAACGAGUCUGCCACAGUGCCAAGCACGACUUCUGUGGAAAGCACCCUGGAGGAGGCAGCAAGCAGCAGCCCCAACUUUACGCUCCGUUUGAAUGUGUCAACCAUUGUUGCAUCCAGCAACGCGACCUCGCCUCCAGUCAACGUGACAGCGACCACGGCCAACGCCACCGCGCUCCCAGUCAACACGACCUCGCCUCCGGUCAGCAUGACAGCGACCACGGCCAACGCGACCACGGCCAACGCCACCGCGCUACCAGCCGUAUCAAACGUUUCCGGGACUACAAGUUCUUCCUCUGUUGCAUCUACAAACCCUCCAUCACCCAGUGAGGGAACCCUCGUUAUUGUGUUUAGCCUUAACCAAACAUUUACAUCAGAUCUCAGCAACGUGCAGUCAACAGCGUUUCAAUCUUUGGCUACAACAGUAAUCUCAGAGGUUAACAUAGCCAGUAGUAGGCUUUUUGGUUCAUCUUUCAAUAGAUCUCUUAUUAACUUUUUCAGGAAUGGAUCAGUCAUUACCAACAUGACUCUCGUGUUCCAAAAUCAAGCCGCGGUUCCUUCCGCGAGCAGUGCAAUAGCUGGACUAGGCAAUGAACUUGCCAACUCCGACCUAAACUUUGUACCAGGAAGUCUUUCUGCAGAUGCUUCUCGGCCAGUGGUGCUCUCACUGGCAGUCAUGUCCAUGGCAUUGGUGACUUCGGUGCUGAUGCUCAAAGACCUAUAGUUGAUGUCCAUGACCAUGACCAUGACAUAGACUUUACCAAGCCGGCAAAUUUAGACUGGUUGACUGAUCUUUAUCUCAAACACGACAAAAUAAACAAAACGUAAUUUCAUAGACUAUUUCAACUGCAAUAUUUUCAAUUUCCACCCUGUCUACUAUGCUUAUUUUACCAUUUCAAAAUAUCAUAAACUUUGUUUUGUUCAAGUUUAAUGAUAUUUUAUGUCAAACCUGUUUUAAUUUAUGCAUUCAUAAUAAAUUACCAAGUUCACAGUGAAUACUGUCAAAGAUGGCAAAAGA